AGAAGAUAUUAUCGUAGAGAAUUUUUGAAGAAAGAAAAAGUAACGAACAACUGCUCCGAUCUAGGUGUAAGAACGAAGAUAAAUUACAUACAGUCUAAGUAAGAACAUUUACUGUCGGUAACUAUACACAAGUGGAGUUUUCCUUUACAGCAGUCAACGAAAACAGCAGAGCGUGUUAUCUUCAAGAUCUGACAAAAAGGAUAAAGCAUCGGAUUCGGGUUAACCAAAACGGAAAGGAAAUAGAAUAAAAGGAACUGGAUUUGGAUUGAACAAAAAGGGAAAGAAAAUUGGUUAAAGACAGGACAAAAGGGACAAGGGAUCAGAUUCGGGUUAAGUAAAAAGGAACGAAAAUAGGAUAAAAUAGGAUAAAAGAACUAGAUUAGGAUUAUCCAAAAGGAAAGAAACAAGGGAUAACAGAAUAAGUGCAUUGGGAUUAACCAAAAAACGAAAGAAGAAAAAAGGAUUAAAGAAUCAAUUUCGGAUUAACCAUGUCUCCCCAUCUUGCUAGCUAUUUACUUCUUCUUGUUGGAGCGCUGUGUUUUGGGGCGGGGAUUAUGUCCCCUGCGUGGAACGAGACCCCCUGGGUGACGAUUGGGGCGGUCAAGGUGAAGACCUGGAUGGGGCCCUGGUGGUCAUGCAACUACUUUAAUCAACAGACGCCGUCGCCUGAUUCGUGCAGUCCAAUUACAAUAGCACAGCCUUUUGUGGUGGACCAGCUGCUGUUCCUAGCCCUGACGGCGGUGUCUACUCUCUGUUACAUCGUGGCCAUCAUCAUGGGAUCGGCUCUCAUCUGCUGCUGCAAGUCGCCCCACGCCGUUUCCAAAUGGUCCGUCGUGUCAAUGUUUGCCAUGAUUGCAGGAAUGAGUGGACUGGGAGCUGUGAUCAAGUUCGCGAUGACGCAGUCAACAAACGCCUACAUCUUCGGCUUCUACCUGGCUAUGGGCGGGGCCUUCCUGGGGGUCUUCAGCAGCGUUAACCUCGCCCGGUUACACAGACCUCAAUCCAGGUCAAGGGUCACCUCGUUCCCAAAAAGAGGCUAUAACUCGGAUUUCUAAAUCUGCCAACUCAAACAUAGCCUCACUCGAAGACAUACCUCUAGGCAUCUCUCAUAAUAAUAGGAAUAUAAAAUGUUCUAGUGGAUUUUAUGACUCAAGCGACAGGACCCAUCAACGAUACGCUGCCGAUUGUCUUUGAAACCAUGAGUGCAGUGCUUGUAGGGCCGUACCUACACUACAAUACCAGAAGGGGGAGGGGUACAGUCACUGGCGUAGCCAGGAUUUUAUAUUAGGGGACCAACCCAUAUUGGGGGAACCGACCCACACUAUGUAUGUGUAUAUCUAUGAUUUUAUACAAUCUAAUACAGUAACAAAAAGAGAGAUAAUAAAUAAAUUGUUUCAUUAGGAGCGCAUGGAAUGGCAGCGGUGGAUUUCCUCUCUCUUUACCUGUGUGGUCCAUAACCAUAUUUAUGACGCCAUAUAAGAGUAAAUAGAAAUGUGUUAAGUGCGUCAUUAUGUAAAAAAACGAAAAACGAAAAACAAAUUAUUUUCAUUCUCCAAGAAGAAAACAAAAAGGUCACCUUUAAAUUUAGAAUGGCACUUUUUAGUAUGUUGUUGGGGUUUUAUUUUUUUUGGGGGGGUUGGGGGUUUGCUGACCCUCCCCCUUACACCGCUUUGUGCGUCCCUGGUUUGUCGUAGCUAGAAUAUAAUUAUUUUCAACGAAGUGUGGUAUAAACACGAAACAAGACAAUCUAAUUAAAAUUAGCUCCACUAUUAAAUGUGGAUCUAACAGCAGCCAGUUGGAGCUCAUGU